AUGGCCGACGCCGCUGAAUCCAAAGGCCCUUCCAAGAGCGCGCUGAAGAAGGCAGAGAAGCAGGCCAAGAUGGCUGCUGAUAAAGCCGCCAAGGUCGCGAAGCAGGCUGCGCUCCCCGUGCAAACCAAGAAGGCCGAUAACAUUAUCGGUAUCACGGUCUCCAAGAGCGAUGACUUUCCCCAAUGGUACCAGGAGGUCGUCCUAAAGGCCCAAAUGAUCGAUUACUACAACGAGAUCUCCGGCUUUUACAUCCUACGUCCCUCGGCGAUGUACGUCUGGGGUGUUAUCCGAAACUGGUUCCAGGACCGCAUCGAGGCCAUGGGUGUCGAGGAGACGAGUUUCCCCAUGUUCUUGUCGCAGACGUCUUUCGAGAAGGAAAAGGAUCACGUUGAUGGUUUUGCUCCUGAGCUUGCCUGGGUCACGAAAGCUGGCGACAAGGAUCUCGAGGUCCCCGUUGCUGUUCGUCCUACCUCCGAGGCCGUCAUGUACCCUUACUACUCGAAGUGGAUCAGGACGCAUAGGGAUCUCCCCUUCCGUCUGAACCAGUGGAACAACGUCGUCCGAUGGGAGGCGAAGCAGACUACCCCCUUCCUCCGUGCGCGAGAGUUCCUUUGGCAGGAGGGCCACACCGCGCAUCUCACCGAGGAACUCGCUGGCAAGGAAGUCCUCGAGAUUCUCGAGCUCUACGCCCGCGUCUACGAAGAGCUUCUCGCAGUUCCCGUUGUUCGCGGCCGAAAGACUGAGAACGAAAAGUUUGCGGGUGGUUACUACACCACGACGGUGGAGGGAUACAUUCCUUCCAAUGGACGAGGUAUCCAGGGUGCCACUUCUCACUGCCUGGGCCAGAACUUCAGCAAGAUGUUCGAUAUCAAGGUCGAGGACCCUGACGAGAAGGGCAAGCAUAUAAACGUGUGGCAGAAUUCGUGGGGUUUGUCCACCCGAGUCAUCGGUGUCAUGAUCAUGAUUCACGGUGACGACAAGGGUCUUGUACUUCCCCCUCGCAUCGCCAAGAUUCAGACUGUCUUGAUCCCCCUCGGUAUCACGAAGAAUACUACUGCUGAGGAGAAGGCGAACCUCGAGAAGAGGCUAGAGGAGAUCAGGCAGACACUGCUCAAGGCCGGCGUCCGCGUCGAGGCGGACUUGAGGGAAGGAUACACCCCUCCCUGGAAGUUCAACGACUGGGAGCUCAAGGGUGUCCCUCUCCGUAUCGAGUUCGGCCCCAAGGACUCGGCCAAGAACGUCGUCAGCUGGGCGAGGCGCGACACUGGUGAGAAGGGUACUUUCGCCAUCGACGAGGUCGCCACUAAGGUUCCCGAGCUUCUCGAGACGAUCCAGAAGGACCUCUACAACAAGGCCGAGAAGGCCUACCGCGAGCAUCGCCUCAAGAUCACCAACUGGGACGAGGUCGUCCCCGCCCUCGAUGCCAAGAACGUCGUCAUCAUCCCCUUCUGUCUCGACGGCCAGUGCGAGGACAGAAUAAAGGAGCUCACGGCCGGCAAGCCCGAGGAGGGCACCGACGCGAACGGCGCUCCCAAGGCCCCCACUAUGGGCAUGAAGAGUCUUUGCAUUCCCUUCGAGCAGCCCGAGGGCCUUGUCCCCGGCGAGACGAAGUGCCUCAAUCCCGAGUGCAACCGGAAAGCGGAGAAGUGGUGUAUGUUUGGACGCAGCUACUAA